CCACCCCACCCCCGCCCUAUCAUACCUGGGACCUACGCUUAAGCAAAUUAUGUAUUUAUGAGGGUACAUCAGAAAUACUGAUGACCUGAACUUCAAACUUCUGAAAAAUAAGCUUGUUUCUUGAAAUAAAUUAGGUUAUUUUAGUGUCAAUAUUUUGUUGUUGUUGUUGUUGUUGUUGUUGUAGUAUUUCAUUAUGUAGGUAGCAAGACGUUUUGACCCCUUGACAUUUUGACCCCUAAUAAAAUAAGAUGACACCUUGACCCCUUGACACUUUGUCCCCUAUUUUCAAUUUUUUCAUAGUGACACUUUGACCCCUAUUUUUUUUUUCUUUGAUUUGCUUGGUUUAAGUGAAAAAUUUACAUGUUAUAUGUCAAUGUGCAGUAUUUAUAGUUAGCUUUUACAUUUUUUGUUGAAUAUUGACAGAUAUUCUGGCUCAAAUAUUUAACAUUAUUUUAGUGUUUUAAAAGGAACAGACAUAGAAAAUAAUACAAUUUUAAUCACAUUAUUUGAAGAUUUUGACAUCACAAGACACAUCAAAGAAUAUGUAAAAAGGCGAUAAUGAUAUAAUGUCCAUCAUUCGUCAUGUGAAGGAGCACGGUCUCGCCAAAACUUACCAGGACAGGACAACCGUUCAUCAGCUGAUAAGCAAGCUACUUGCCCUUCCUUUUCUACCGGGUCUGGACAUCGAGAGAGCGUUCCAACGUCUGAGGGACCGCGCCAUGACCAGCUCGCAGCCAGUGCGGGAUCUCUUCCAAUACGUCUGGGACCAGUGGUUGUGCUCAAGUUUGUGGACGGGCGAUGAGUGGAGUGUCUACAGGCAGCCUGUAUGCACAAACAACGACUGUGAGGGUUGGCACCGGCGCCUCAACCAGAAAGCUGGAUGCAGCACACUCCCAUUCUACGUGCUAGUUCCACUUCUUCAUCAGGAAGGAAAGUUGGUAUCAAUCACUGUUGCUCUUGUCUCUCAACAGGCAGUGAUCAGAAACCGUCGUCAAGUGUAUGUGUCAAUGGACAAUCGUAUUGGCGAGCUUUGGGACAAGUACGAUGACCAUGACAUUGUGUGUGAAGACUUUCUUGCGCGGGUUGGUGAGAUCUAUGGCCGUAUGUAAAUCUAAAACUCAAUUAAAUUGAAAAAACAGUGCCAGUGCUUAAUAAUAGACUGACCAGUGCUCAUCAUGUAAAUAGUGUACAAAGUGUAUUAUGUUUUAUGUGAUGUAUUUUUCUUAUUUGUGUCUUUGUUGUCUUUUGUAUAAUGUUUAAUAUUUAUGUUGUCUGUUUCAUGUAAAUAGUGUACAAAGUGUAUUUUAUUCAAUGUAUUUUAUGAUUUAUGUGAUGUAUUUUUCUUAUUUGUGUCGUUGUUGUCUUUUGUUUGACUUUUCUGUUUUACAGUAUUCUGUCUUUUGUAUAAUGUUUAAUAUUUAUGUUGUCUGUUUCAUGUAAAUUGUGUAAAAAGUGUACUUAUUCAAUGUAUUUUAUGUUUUAUGUGAUGUAUUUUUCUUAUUUGUGUCUUUGUUGUCUUUUGUUUGAUUUUUAUGUUUUACGGUCUUCUGUCUUUUGUAUAAUGUUUUAUAUUUAUGUUUUCUGUUUCAUGUAAAUAGUUUAGCGUUACUUGUAUUUAUUUAUAAAAAUGUACAAUUAUGAAUAAAGUAGUAUACCAGUAAAUGAGAAGUUUCGAACAGAGAGUUAUUUUAUUAUUUCAAUUAGUAAAUGAAGUUAUUUACUGUAUAUCUAAUUACUAACAUGAUUAGUAAUUUCAUCUAAAUAAUUUCUUAGAUAACUGCAAACGUUUGUGAAACAUCAUUGUUAAUAAUACCAACACUCAUAAACCAACACUCAUAAACCAUACUUUGUCACCUACUCAUAGCCUAGAACUUGUACAAGUCCAUCUAUACAGCUUUUAUCAAUGACUUACAUGCACAUUAAGAAAUUAAACUGCAGAAAAAUAUACCCCUAGCCACAAAAAAUCUAAGGGGUCAAAGUGUCAAAUAAAAAAAAGUAGGGGUCAAGGUGUCACUGAAAAUAGGGGUCAAAGUGUCACUAAGGGGUCAAGGUGUCAUCUUUGGUAAAAAAAAUUAAGGGGUCAA